AUGCUGCGCUCUUCUUUCACACAGAGCCGACAGUUGCUCCUGUCUCCAGCUCGCUCACGGACAGCUGCGCAAUGGCUGCCGAAAGCUGGAGCAAGCAACCGCCUUGCUGGCCAGAGAUUCUUUGCUGAUGCCAAACCUCCCGUCACCGGUGCACCUACUCCCGCCUCCCCUUCUUCCGAAUCACCUAUUCCUCCAGAGAGCGUCCCCAAGCCAUCACCAGCUGCUGAGGCUCCUCCCCCUCCCCCGCCUCCCCCUGCUCCUGCCCGUAAGACCGGGCGAUUUCGAAAAUUCCUUCUCUACUUGAUUCUGACAUCUGGAUUCGCCUACGGUGGCGGUAUCUUUUUGGCGCUCAAGUCUGACAACUUCCACGACUUCUUCACGGAAUACGUUCCUUAUGGCGAGGACUGUGUUUUGUACUUUGAGGAACGUGACUUCUACCGCCGCUUCCCCAACACAUUGAGAAACCAGAACCGCGCCCCCAAGGAUGAGGGCCACACGGUCACGAUUCCGAGCAAGAGCGGGCUUUCCUGGAAGGUUGCAGACGAGGAAUCUGGAGCUGAUGUGUCACAGAAGGGCCCUCAUAUGAGCGCACUCGAUAAUGGCGAGAAAGCGCAACUCAAGCCCGGCGCAGCGAAGCCUGAGGAGAAGGUCGCCGCUGUCGAGAAGGCCAAGGCCGAGUCUGCUGCCAAGGAACAGAGCUCUGAUGAUAAGAAAAAGGUGCAGGAGGAACCCAAGAAACCCGCGGCUCCAGCAGUGACGCCCAUUGAAUUCGCAACUGUCAGUGAGGGCGAUGAAGAGGUCGUGCAGGAACUGGUCAAGACUUUCAACGACAUUAUCACUGUCAUCGGCGCUGAUGAGAACGCGCACAAGUUCUCUGGUGCUGUCAACAAGGCAAAGGAGGAGCUCCGAACUAUUGGCGAGAAGAUCAUCGCCAUCCGCAAUGAAGCGCGAAAUGCUGCCCAGGAGGAGAUCAAGCAAGCCCAUGCGACUUUUGAUGAGUCUGCACGAGAGCUGAUUCGUCGCUUUGAGGAGGCACGUGCUCAUGACGCUGCUCAGUAUCGGGAGGAGUUUGAGGUCGAGCGCGAGAGACUCGCCCGUGCUUACCAGGAGAAGGUCAACACGGAGCUGCAGAGGGCUCAAGAAGUGGCUGAGCAGCGCCUCAAGAAUGAGCUGGUUGAGCAGGCCAUCGAGCUUAACCGCAAGUACCUUCACGAGGUGAAGGAUCUGGUUGAGCGGGAACGUGAAGGUCGUCUAAGCAAGUUGAACGAGUUGACCGCCAAUGUCAACCUGCUCGAGAAGCUUACUACCGACUGGAAGGAAGUGAUCGAUACCAACCUCAAGACCCAGCAGCUCCAGGUUGCUGUGGAUGCCGUCCGCUCCGUCCUUGAGCGCUCUACCGUCCCCCGGCCUUUUGUCCGUGAACUUGUUGCUGUGAAAGAGCUGGCUGCCGGUGACCCGGUCGUUGAGGCUGCUAUUGCAUCGAUCAACCCAACUGCUUAUCAGCGUGGUAUUCCUUCGACGUCUCAGAUCAUUGAGCGCUUCCGUCGGGUGGCCGAUGAAGUGCGCAAGGCAAGCCUUCUGCCCGAAGAUGCUGGCAUCGCCAGUCACGCGGCCAGUCUUGUCCUGAGCAAGGUCAUGUUCAAGAAAGACGCCGUCGCGGGCAGCGACGACGUCGAAAGUGUCCUCCUUCGUACCGAGCAUUUGUUAGAGGAAGGUAACCUCGAUGACGCUGCUCGUGAGAUGAACACCCUCAAGGGAUGGGCCAAGAUUCUGAGCAAGGACUGGUUGAGUGACGUGCGUCGGGUGUUGGAGGUAAAACAGGCCCUGGAGGUUAUCGAGACAGAGGCACGCCUCCAAUGCUUGAGGGUUGAAUAG